CCCUACCCCACCGCGCUGUCAGUUUGCGGAAGCGCCGGGCUCGCAGUGCGCUGAGGAGAGCGACGGUUGAAGCGGCAGCUCGAGCCGAGCCGAACCCCAACCCGGAUCAGAUCUUCACCCUCCCGCGAGUCCGCGACAUGUCCAAGAACACGAGAGCUGACAAGUUCCGUCGGGUCAAUGUGGACGACUACGACGAGAACAACUACGUGGACGAGGAGGAAGGUGGCGAGAACCAGUUGGGACCCGACGAAGCCGAGGUGGACGCCUCCAUCAGGCAAGGAAAUCUGAAUGCAGCUCUUCAAGCAGCACUAAAGAAUCCUCCAAUUAAUACAAAGAACCAGGCUGUUAAGGACAGGGCAGAAAGUACAGUUGUCAAAGUUUUGACUUCAUUUAAGAGUAACGAUAUUGAAAAGGCUGUUCAAUCCCUUGAUAAGAAUAAUAUUGACCUCCUGAUGAAGUAUAUCUACAAAGGUUUUGAAAAACCAUCAGAAAAUAGCAGUGCAAUAUUACUACAAUGGCACGAAAAGGUACUAGCGGCUGGAGGUGUGGGAUCUGUAAUCCGAGUUUUAACAGCAAGGAAAACUGUUUAAGCCAUGGAAUCAAGAUUACCUGUCUGGUACAGAGGAAUUGCUGGUGCAGAGACCAAAAGAACCAGUUUGUGCAACACUGGAGUCAUUUUUUAAUUAUUUUUGGCUUGCUUUUUAUGACCAGAUUCUAUAUCUUUGCUCAAUUCAUUUGUCUGUUGACCAAAAUCUUAGGUGCAGUCCAAACUGGUUUUAUAAGCUCAGUAUUUAGUCCAAACUUUGUACCCAAGCAGGAACAUUUCAAAAGACACAUUUUAUUCAAAAGUAUGGAAAUAUUUGAGAAAUUUGAGAUUUUGUUUUGCAUAAAUGAUUUCUUUUUGUUUUAAAUGUUUAAUUGAACAAAGGUACAGAGAAUGAAUGUGUUAUCUAAACAGUGAAUCCAUUGACUCAAACUUAAUCCAUCAGAGAUAGUUAAUCACACAGACAGUUAAUCAUGGGCAUUUCAAAUUUGAAGCUGGGAUAUGAAGAUGAGUGAUAGAAGCUGAACACAUGGAAUCACCGGAAACACUUCUGUUUGAAAUCAAGUCUCAGUUGGUAAAAAUAAUGAUAAAUGAUGAGGCAUUGGUGUACUUGGGAUUAAUUCACUUGCCUGUAAUCAUUCCAGGCAUGUGAGUGAUCCUGUUAUAAUGAGGCCUUGGCGAUGAUUGAUUGCUGUCGAUCUGUAGAUGUAGUGUAACACGUUUCACCCUUCCGAAGAUAUAUUUUUACGUUAAAAUUAAGAUUAGUAUUAUGGAUAUCCUUCCCGAACACACAUUUCAGACAAUUUUAACAUCUAUAGCGUUUACAAAUAUAAAGUCAACCACAAUUUUGUUUUUUGUCAGCAAAGAUCAAAGUUUUGCAGACAUGACUGAGUUAACACUGAUUUUGAAUCAUCUCAAUAAUGCUUCAAAUUAUUUCUUGAAAAAUGAAACAUAAAUACAUUGUUUUUACUGUUUUCAAAACAGUUGGAUUUGUCAUUCAUAAAGGGAGCAGUUGUUCAGAGAUGGCACAAAGGCCAGUAUUCCUUUAGUUUGUACCAUGUUUUCUUAUUCUAAUUAGUUCAAAAUGGUGCUUUCAGCUAAUGGUGAAAAGUAAUUUUUCAUCUUAUAGCAAAUCGUGCAUUCACAAAAAAGGUGAAAGUGGAUCAAUUGUCCAACUUGUAGAUCAAGUUUGUGCCUUUAUAAAGGAAGCUGAUUUCUCCUACCCCUCUCCCCCUCUUUGUAUUCCUGAGCCUUGCUAACACCAAGGUGUAAUAUCCAACAUUAAAGGAGUAUUGUGUACAUUCCGUCAUAGCGAGCUCACUGAAGAUUACAGCCAAAUUUUUACUUUGACACACAUAAACAUUACAGACCUGUUAGUGGCUGUGAUGGUUGUCUCGACUGUUCCAGCAGACAAUCUGUUUCACUUUGACUAUUGUAAAAUAUGAACAAGGGUUAAAUAUCCUUCACAUCUCUUAUAAAAAAAAUAUGCAAAAUCAUUGGAUUAUUUAACAUCUAAUCAUUGUGACUUAAAUGUGUUUUGAUAACUCAGCCACAAUUUUCUAUGCCUGAAACAAGAGUUAAGUGUGAUCAAGUUUGAGCAAUUGCUGUUGUAGUUGGAAGUAUUACUUUAAUUACGUUGCCCCAAAAUUUUUAUUGCUUUUAUUAAGAUAAUAAAAUAUUGUUAAAAUACA